AAUUUGCAUUUUAUCACAAAAUACCAUCGUCCCUGCAUUCACUUGAUCCUGUCCCCGUGAUUGACCGGGAUCAGAAAAUGUGGGUGAAAAUUGAAAAGAUGUUUGCAAUGUCUAAUGCAAAUGAGCGUAGCACAUCAAUGGAUAAUAAAUCCUCUGUUCAAACUUCAACGAUUUCAACUCCAAAUUCUAUAUUUCGAACUGCAAGUCCAUGUCCAAGUUCUGUUGAUGAAGAGGCUUUCAUAGAAUGUGUCAAUAUUAUCGAAUCUGGCUUAGGAGGAGAUAAUGUUAUCAAUAUAGCUAAUAAUAAAGAAAGAAAAUGGUGGAUCGAUGGAAAUUAUAAGAAGAUCGAUGAGAAAAGACUGCCUCUGCGUCUUAUAAAAGAUGUAACGUACCAUGAUUAUGAGAAGAAAAGCAAAAUUGCGAAUGCGAGCAGAUUUUGGGAGUUUGAUGACGGCUGCGCAUGGAGAGUUUUCUUUCCAAUUUCAACGCGCUUUCUACGACCUACUUUUGAAGAUCGUAUUGUGGUUGCUAAUGCAAAAAAUUCUACAAAAAUAGAACUUGUUGACGCAUUUUUAAUUGGCCAUUACUAUGUG